AUGAGCGCCCCGCCGGCCCCGAAGCGCCAGACGCGGCGCCAGGCGUCGAACCGGCCGGCCGUGGGCCAGUCGCGGUCCGUCGUGCGGAGCGACGGCACGGUGCUCGCCGCCGAGGUGCUCGAGGUCGACGAGGCCGGCGCGUGCCCGCGCUACUACGUGCACUACCUCGCCCACGACCGGCGCCUCGACGAGUGGGUCGACGAGGCCCAGUUCCACGGCUCCGAGGCCGACUGCGCGUCCGACGGGUCGCCCGCGAAGCGGUCGCACAAGCGGAAGCAGGAGGGCAGCGGCGGCAACGCGGCCUUCGGCCAGCUGCCCCACGCGCGGCGCGCGGGCGAGACGGACCCGAGCGUCGCCGAGCGGCUCGAGGCCGCGCGCGAGAAGAUCACGCGCGUGAAGAACAUUCGGGCGGUGGUCUUCUCCCGGUGGCGUUUGGAGCCGUGGUACUGGGCGCCCUUCCCCGAGACGUACCACGACCGCACGCUCUACGUCUGCGACUUCACGUUACGAUACACGGCUUCCAAGCUGGCCAUGGACGCGCACCACCGCUCCUACGCGGGGCCGCGGCGGCCGCCGGGGAACCGGUGCUACGGCCCCGACGGCGACGGCGUCUGCCUCUUCGAGGUCGACGGCUCGGCGCACGCGCUCUACUGCCAGAACCU